CCGGUCAGGGUUCGGGUUCGGGUUCGGGUUACCGCUCACUGAACUCUGAACGUCAUGUAUUUGUUUUCAGGAAUCACAUGUUCUGAGCCCACUGUCCUCGCGCACUGAUUGGUUGAAAAAGUUUACGGUUUGGUGUGUUCUCUGCUUCUGAUUGGCUGUUGGAGCUGUCAGUCAGUGACGUCGCGCUGUCAGGCUCUGCAGUGUUGAACAGAACAGGGAGUGUUUGUACCGAACUCGACAUCCACUCAUCUGUUCUGUUCGGAUAAACGCGGUUCUGGACCGGUUCUGACGCCGGGAACACCGUCUUCGGUUCGGAGGGUCGACGUGUUCGCUCGGUUCUGGACUCAGAGUGAACUUUGAGGCGCUAAAACAGACUCGGUCGUCGAGCUAAAUCGAACUUGAUCGAUCGUCGAUAGUUGUUCAGAAAUCCGGAGCUUCAUUCUGACCCGGAUUAAAACUGCGCCGUGGUUCGUGGACCGUGGUUCUGACAGCAGAACCGUGAAGACUGUGGUUCUGGUUCCGUUUGUAACUUUAAGGAGAAUCUUCGAGGAGAAUCAGGGAAGCUAAUCUGAGCUAACAGCUAACAGACAUUAGCAGGUCGAGGAAGUUUGGGCCGGAGGUUCCGGUUCGGAGAGAGACCCACUUCAAGAGACCAUGGUUCCGACAACAGGUGAACGAGUUUAUAUUAAACACCAAGAAGAAAGAAAGAAAAAAAGAGUUUGAGAAGAAAAUUCAGAAAAACAAGAAAAACUCAUUUUUACUGUUUAAGAUUCAAACCGAGAGGAAAGAAGAAGAACUUUGUCCAAAUGAAACAGAACCGAACCUGCAGGAUCUGAAACACCAUGCUGGACUACACUGAAGAGGAAGGAGAAGAACAGUAGAACCGGACCAGGACCUGGACCUGGACCUGGACCUGGACUGGAGGACGAGAGAAAAACUUCAACAUCCGGAGAAAAAGAAACUUCACUGAGAACAACUACUCCUUCUUCUCCUCCUCUACUCCUCUCUCUCCUCUCCUCUUCCUCCUCCUCCUCUCCUCUCUUCUCCUCCUCCUCUCCUCCUCUCUCCUCCUCCUCCUCUCUCCUCCUUCUCUCUCCUCCUCCUCCUCCUCCUCCUCUAAGAUGUCGUCCAUCUCAGCAGCUGAGAAGGUGGACGGGUUCACCAGGAAGUCCAUGAGGAAGGCUCAGAGACAGAGGAGGUCUCAGGGUUCUUCUCAGUUCCGGACUCAGAGCGCCGCCGUGGAGCUGUCCUCUCUGCCCCCCCUCAAAGGUAAGAGGAUGAAGGUCUGAGAUAGACCCCCUGCUGACAGGAGAGACCGCCCUCAACUUUAACUUUAUCUUUAAAACAACCACAGAUGAUCAAAGAGCCGCACGGACAAAACAACGCAGACAUAAAAACACAAUUAAAAUAAUUAAAAAACAGUUAAAAUAAUUAAAGAAACAAUAAAAACACAAUUAAAACAAUUAAAAACAGUUAAAAUAAUUUAAAAACAGUUAAAAUAAUUAAAGAAACAAUAAAAACACAAUUAAAAAACAGUUAAAAUAAUUAAAAAACAGUUAAAAUAAUUUUAAAAAACAGUUAAGAAUUUAAAAAACAGUUAAAAUAAUUAAAAAACAGUUAAAAUAAUUUAAAAAAACAGUUAAAAUAAUUUAAAAAUAGUUAAAAUAAUUAAAGAAACAAUAAAAACACAAUUAAAAAACAGUUAAAAUAAUUAAAAAACAGUUAAAAUAAUAAAAAAAACAGUUAAGAAUUUAAAAAACAGUUAAAAUAAUUAAAAAACAGUUAAAAUAAAAAAAAAAACAGUUAAAAUAAUUUAAAAAUAGUUAAAAUAAUUAAAGGAUGGAUAAAAUAGAAGUAGAUUUUAAAAAGUAAAAUAUAGUUUUUAAAAUUUACAAACAUAAAACUAAAAACUCUAAAACACUGAAACAGGAGGACAUAGGAGGUCCAUGAUCAAUAAUCCCCUCAGAGCUUCAGUUUGGACCUCAGAACCUCCAGGAGCAGAUGAUCAGCUGAUCUGAGGCGCCCAGCGAGCGAGUGAGCGGGGCUGUAGGAGACCCUGCUGUUAGUCCUCCAUCACUCAGAGAGACCAGGACCAGCAGGUCCAAAGACCAGGACAGGAACUUCUCCUGAGGUUAGAUCAGAGUUUUUCUGUUCCUCCUAAAAAUGUCCAAAAAAACCUCAAAGAGUUUAAGAGAGGGGGGGCUGACUGACAGGUGUGUGUGUGUGUCUGUCUGUGUGUGUGUGUGUGUGUGUGUGUCUGUGUGUGUGUGUCUGUGUCUGUGUGUGUGUGUGUGUGUGUGUGUGUCUGUGUCUGUGUCUGUGUCUGUGUCUGUGUGUCUGUGUCUCUGUGUGUGUGUGUGUGUGUGUGUGUGUGUGUCUGUCUGUCUGUGUGUGUGUGUGUGUGUGUGUGUGUGUGUGUGUGUCUGUCUGUCUGUCUGUGUGUGUGUGUGUGUGUGUGUGUGUGUGUGUGUGUGUGUGUGUGUGUGUGUGUGUCUCUGUCUGUCUGUCUGUCUGUGUGUGUGUGUGUCUGUGUGUCUGUCUGUGUCUGUCUGUGUCUGUCUGUCUGUGUCUGUGUGUCUGUGUGUGUGUGUGUCUGUCUGUGUGUGUGUGUGUGUGUGUGUGUGUGUGUGUCUGUGUCUGUGUGUCUGUGUGUGUGUGUGUGUGUCUGUCUGUCUGUCUGUGUGUGUCUGUCUGUGUGUGUGUGUGUGUGUGUGUGUGUGUGUGUGUGUGUGUCUCUGUCUGUCUGUCUGUCUGUGUGUGUGUGUGUCUGUGUGUCUGUGUGUCUGUCUGUGUCUGUCUGUGUCUGUGUGUGUCUGUGUCUGUCUGUCUGUGUCUGUGUGUGUGUGUGUCUGUCUGUGUGUGUGUGUGUGUCUGUCUGUCUGUCUGUGUCUGUGUCUGUGUCUGUGUGUGUGUGUCUGUGAACAGAUGUUAGCAGCGAUCACGGCGCUCAGGUCUGCUCUGGGUUCUGGACGACUAAAGUGCAGGAAGUGAAGCGUGGCGCUCUGUGAAAAUAGGGGCGUCGCUGUGAGACGAUGAUGGCGAGUUUGUGGUCAGUUGAUGCAGGUCUGUGUUUGGGGUGGAGGGGGUCCAUGGGGGCGGUUCUGAAGGUCUGACCUGCUCAAGGACAGAAGAUUCAGGAUCGAUUUGAACUUUAAAGUUUUUAAAGAUCUCGUCUCUGAAAAUAUUGACCUCUUUUGGAUCCAGAACUGCAGUCCGAUCUAAACCUGGACCUGAUCAGACCUUCUGUAGGUCCGACCGAGUCGAUCUAAACCCUGUUUACUCAGAUUCACUCUCACCUGUGUCCUCGGACAUGUCCCGACCACCUUACAGUGAGCGAACAUGGAAACGUUCAGUCGAGGUUUCAGAGUCAGUUCGAUAAUUCACUCUAAUAAUAAUAAUAAUAAUAAAAGAUCAGUUCUCUGCCUCACAGAGUUUCUCUGCCUCACAGACAGCAGACAGUCUCUCCUCUCUCCAUGAAAAUCACAUCCAUAUGUUCUUAUUAAAAAGCUGAGGAGUGAUUUUCUUCAACAAGCCUGAACAGUUUCUGAUUCUGAGUGUUUGUGACGGUGAGAGGAAGAUCAGAGUCGAAGAGUUUGACUUGUCUGGUCAAGUUGGAAGUUUUCAGCGUGAUGAAACUUUUAAAGCUCGGUUACCCCCGACAACGGCUACCUGACUGUUUUUAAUGCUGAAUGAAAUAACGGAUCUAAUGUCUGACAUGAUGUUUACAAAGAUGGUUUUUCUACAGGGAGUCAGACUGACUUUCUGACCGACUGUCUCUGACUUCAGAGGAUUUCAUUUGUCAUGUUUACUUUUCCCAGUAUAAGGAAACCAGUCUGAUUACUGGGUCAGGGUCCAUUCUCACUGGUUUGAGUUCAAUGAUUGAAUGAAAACUCUUUUUACAGUGAUAACGACAGCUCAUCCUGAGUGUUGUCAGUAAAUAUCAGCCGAGUUAGAAAGUGUUGACUGUAAAUAAACUUUGACCCAGAAACGUCUCGGAUGACUAGAGACUGAGGCGUCACAGACGAGUGUCAGUGUCUGUGUCAGUGUCAGUGUCUGUGAAUUCAUGUGGAAUAUUCAAAGUUACAAACAACAGCUCCUGUUUAUGGAGAGUGAAGAUGUGAUGCUAAUAUAAUAAUACAUGUUUUUAAUGAUAGUUUCUUAUAUAUAAUAAUAUAUAUAUUUAUUUCAGAGUAUAUGACAGUUUCUUAUAUAUAAUAAUAUAUAUAUUUAUUUUAAUAUCAGAGUAUAUAAUAAUUAUAAUAUAUAUAUUUAUUUUAAUAUCAGAGUAUAUUCUUGAUGACGGUCUCUUCAUCAGAAGUCAGCCGCCCUCUCGCUCGCUCGUUUUGAGACUCCUGGGCGUGUCCUAAAGUCAGCAGCGUGGGUUUUUUUCUCCUACUUUGCAUUAAAAUGUGGAAGUUCAUAUUUUCACUUUCAGGACCUGCUGUCCAUCAGAUCGUUUCGAGGCUCACCGCGUUUACAAACCAGAACCCAAAGAAAGGCAGUUCCUAUUUUUGCUCACUCUCCCUGAAAAUCCCACGUUUGCGCUCUGCCUCGAGGAUGUUUCAGAACCGGUCACAAUGGUUCCAGCUUGUUUAAAUUCAUCAAUUCACCAUCUGUUGUCUAGUAACAGACAACUGCAUGACUCAUAUCAGAGUGUGUGGUUACAGAGAGCACUGACAGCAUGCACACAGGAGCACAGAUCUAUUCAUUUAGAGUCUAUGUUCGAGUGUAAAUGUGAUGAAAAUAUCUGAUCAUCUGCUGUCCACCCGGACCGGUCAGAACACAGCAGAAGAGGUUCCUCAUAGAGGUGGUACUGUGCUGUCAGCCCAGUAUUAGAACCAGAACCCAAAAGUACUGAGCGUCUGAAGACCCAAAUACCACCGACAGUCAGCAGCCCCCCCCCCCUCAAUAUUAUUGAUCACCAUUCAGAUCAAUACAAACGUCAAUCCUGAGUAAAGGUGAGGAUUCAGUGGAACAGAUGAUUGUUGUUGACAGAGAGGAUAAAAGAAGAAGAACAGACACUGUGAGUUCAUGUCUGUUAAUGUCUGUAACAUCAUCACUGUUUACAACAGACAUGAACUCCUGCUCAACUACAGACGUCCUGGUUCAGACUCCCAAUCAUUCUUUAGUCCUCUUUAGUUCCUGGUCUGCAGACCGAGAACCUCACGCCUUCUUCCUGUGGCGGUUGGCGUUCCUGUGUUUCUCCUUCCUGUUGCGGUUGGCGUUCCUGUGUUUCUCCUUCCUGUUGCGGUUGGCGUUCUCGUGUUUUUCUUUCCUGCGGCGGUUGGCGUGCUUGUGUUCCUCCUGUUGUUUGAUCGACACUGAAAGGAUGAGUCACUCGGAGACCAUCACUGUUUCCACGGUAACCAGAAGCCUUGAGAGCGAGUCGGGGAAAUGUUGUACUUUCUAAAUUCAGCCUCUUCUUCUUCUUCAUUUAGGUUCGGUUAUUUCUGUCGCUCGUAUUUCGGUUCUCGCCGCCCCCUCACAUGACCUCAAACUCUCUUCAGGAGGACGGACGAGCGUUUCGUCUAAAAACAGAAAAUCAGUCUGUAGUUCAAACUGAGGAGGAGGAGGAGUUUUCUCUUCUUCAUCCUCUCACAAACGGCGUCCUUCAUGGUAACCAUCUCCAACAUCAACUCUGAUUGGAUGAUUUAGGGGUCAAAGGUCACUGUUAAAUUCUGGUACUCUGUUAGAUCUUUCUGUCCGUAUAACCAGGACACUGACCGACUUGUCUGUGUGAGGACACAGACACAAACUCGUCUGUGUGAUUAUCUCUUUAAUCCAUCAUCACUGAACCGGAUUAUAAUCUGCUCCUGUACGAUAAUCGUGUCUGUAGUUCCUGUACGAUAAUCCUGUCUGUAGCUCCUGUACGAUAAUCGUGUCUGUAGUUCCUGUACGAUGAUCGUGUCUGUAGCUCCUGUACGAUAAUCGUGUCUGUAGUUCCUGUACUAUAAUCGUGUCUGUAGCUCCUGUACGAUAAUCGUGUCUGUAGUUCCUGUACGAUGAUCGUGUCUGUAGUUCCUGUACUAUAAUCGUGUCUGUAGUUCCUGUACGAUAAUCGUGUCUGUAGUUCCUGUACGAUAAUCGUGUCUGUAGUUCCUGUACGAUAAUCGUGUCUGUAGUUCCUGUACGAUAAUCGUGUCUGUAGUUUCUGUACUAUAAUCGUGUCUGUAGCUCCUGUACGAUAAUCGUGUCUGUAGUUCCUGUACGAUAAUCGUGUCUGUAGUUCCUGUACGAUAAUCGUGUCUGUAGUUCCUGUACAAUAAUCGUGUCUGUAGUUUCUGUACGAUAAUCGUGUCUGUAGUUCCUGACUCACAGACCUGAUGGUCCUGAGGGUCAAAGUGGAUCCUUUAGGGGUCUUUGUGGUCUCUCUGCUGAUCAGUUCUGCGGUUCUUGAGACCGGUCCUGGUCCUGAUCUCAGACAGAACCUGAUCAGUUUCCGAUCAGAACAGAAGAAGUGAAAUCGACUCUUCUGAUCAGUUUAUUAUUGAUCUUCUUUGACUCUGUCUGAAGCUCUGAGGGUCUCCUGAAGUCCAUCAUGUGGAGGUAGAUGUCCUCAGCUCUGUCUGCUCUCUGCUGUGAAUUUGACCUCUUUGGUUUAACCAAAGGUUAAAGGUCAGAUUGUAGACUGAAACGCUCCCUCUCUCACCCCUCCAGUUGAUGACGGUGGCCUUUAAGGACACGUGAUAAAAAGUUCGUUCCUUGUGUGUCUUAAUUCUGACCAUCUUCUUUAUUAUCUUCGAACUCGUGUCGAAACACUCGGCCUCCAAAGUUUGUCCUGCUAAAUCUGACAGAUUUCUGCCUUUGAGGCCGAAAAGACAAAAAGAAUCCGAUUGAUCGUCUGAUUAUCUUUGGUCAGGCGUUCACAGUCAUAAGCUGUGAUAAAACUUCUGUGUGUCAAAUUAUCAAUCUAAAAUCAAACUCUGAAUUUUCACCGUUUUGUCUCCCUGACCUUCAGCUGUGACUCGUAAAUGUCCCGUUAGAGAAAACCUCUUCACUGUUUGGGUUUAUUGAUUAACAAAGUGUGCUCCACUGUCUGUUUCCAUCAUGUCUGCCAGCAAAUAGCAAAUCAAUCAAUAAUUUUCCAGGACAUACUAAAGUGACCGAGCGUUUGUGUGGAGGUUUGUGUUCUUGUGUUUGUUGGUCUCAUAAUUGUGGGUCAGGUAAAGAAAAGUGCUGCCUCAUCACUCUUCACUGUCUGCUGGCAGAAAAACACGGUCGUGUGAAACUUCGCCCCCGUAAUGACCAGCUGUAACAGGGGCUGGGUGUCAUCACCUUAUAAUGAGACCUGACGAGUCGAUCACAGACUACAGCGGGGUGACGCAGCUCAAGGAAGAACAUUUAUGAUCAUUUCUUCAUGGAAAUACAAUCAGACCGAGACGCUAAGACAGAAGAACUACCGCGUCUGUAAAAUGAUUAAUAUGGUGAUUAUUACUUCAAGGAAAUGAUAAAGAAAUGAUCAUAAAUGUUCUUCCUUGAGCUGCGGCACCCCGCUGUAGUCUGUAAUGGACUGGCCUGAGGUCUCUCUACAAACAAGCAGCUGCUGGAAGAGAGUAGGUGAGUUGUGUUUAGUCUCUUUGCUAAAGAAAUGAGUCAAAGUUAAAAAGAUGUUUGGUGUCUAGUACUAUGUCUGUGACCCUAUAUGUCCUGUUGAUGAAGUUAGGUGCUGUUCUGAACAUUAUUUGUGGCUAUAGAGUGGCGUUUUGGUUGGGGGCGUGUCUCUCUGUAUUUCUAUCCUGCGGUCGUUACUAAAGUUGGUAUAACUAGAGAAGGAAGCGGUCGACAACAUUCAUCUCUGGAGGGGGCGGGGUCUAACUCAGUGUUACGGUGGGUUUGACCCUAAAUUAAUUUUACGGCGGAAUAUCCCUUUAAAGGGUUGGUUAUCCAGAACUGCCUCAGUCGGUGCCGACAGGUCCUGAUAUAUGUAUUACAGAUGUAUUAUUGAGGACACUGAAGCUCUGAUUGGUCAGAGAGUAAAGAUUCGUGUCUCAUAAACUGUCAGUGAAGUUUCCUCACAGCUGCAGCUUCAUUAUUUCACACUCUGACCAAACGAGUUUGUGUCUCAUUAACUGACAAACGUUUAGUCUCUGAGAAAGCAGGAAGUUCUUCGAUAACAGACGGGUAACUUCUUAAUCCCAGUGAGGGUUUAUGAGCCUAAAGUUCUGAAGAUCCUGCUGAUGGAGCACCACAGCUCUUCAGAUGUCUGCUGCUGCUGUGGUCCUCCUGGUUCCACUGGUUCCUGUUGAUGCUGACAUCAGGAGUGUUUCCUCUCUGGGGGUUUUACUCGUAGUUUGGCACAAACGGGGGGUCAGAGGUCCGUUUUUUGAACAGUGUGAAACCUUCUUUUCACUUUUCAUGAGAACUAGAAGUUUGCCUGCGAGUUCAGCGUGGUGUCCUGACCUUCAACACCUUAUUGACUUCUCUGUUCACUGAUCUAAUAGAUGAUAAUGGAGGACACCAUCAGGCAAAGCUCUGCCGAUUGGCUAAUCACUGCAUUAAACAUCUGAUAUGGCGUGUAAAUGUUUUAGGCCGCUCGUGGUCAAAAGCAAAAUUGGCAACAAAUAUGAGUUUUUACCGAUUUUGUUAAAGAGGCCGAACAACGAUAACGAGGACGGGCUGUGGGACACGUGAGGCAGGAGACGACCACAUGACGCAGGAGACGACCCAGAGACGAGCAGAGCAAGGUCAGCUGUCACAGUCAGACCGACUGUAACACACACCUGUGUGGAAUCUUGAAGCUCCUUACAGACAAAACUCAGGUUAAACUUUUACAACCGAACCGUCGAGGCGUCUUCAUAAACGACCGCCGACAUCCUGCUGCUGAUUGGCUCUAUCAUUAUUAACCACACUUUAACCUUUGCGGGAUACCAGCUGCUCUGUCCGACACAAAACCGCGGCUGACAGAAGAAAUCCAAAAGUUUUAUUGGUUCAUCAUCUUCAAGAUUUCAAACUCAGGACGGCCGAGUGUCUGAAGUGAUUCCCUCUCUGUUCACUGUGAGGCGCUGGUUUGACUGAGUCAUGUUAGUCCAUCAUCUCCAAAGUCUUUCUUACCUUUAAUUUUCAUUCUUACAUUCAAGACAGAGCUAAUAAUAAUGUUAUUAAAGUCAGAGUUAAUAAUAAUGUUAUUAAAGUCAGAGUUAAUAAUAAUAAUGUUAUUAAAGUCAGAGUUAAUAAUAAUAAUAAUGUUAUUUUAGUCAGAGUUAAUAAUAAUAAUAUUAUUAAAGUCAGAGUUAAUAAUAAUAAUGUUAUUUUAGUCAGAGUUAAUAAUAAUAAUAUUAUUAAAGUCAGAGUUAAUAAUAAUGUUAUUAAAGUCAGAGUUAAUAAUAAUAAUGUUAUUAAAGUCAGAGUUAAUAAUAAUAAUAUUAUUAAAGUCAGAGUUAAUAAUAAUAAUAUUAUUAAAGUCAGAGUUAAUAAUAAUAAUGUUAUUAAAGUCAGAGUUAAUAAUUAUGUUAUUUUAUUUAGAGUUUAUUAUGUUUUGAUAAGUAAAUGUUACGGUACACUUUGUGAAUGUCACUUUGCUGCUCGAUUUGCAGAAAUUUGUAAAUUAAAUUGAAGUUUCUGGCAGAAAAAUCUUCAUUGGAUCUCCUCCUGAGAUCGUUCAGCCCGACAUUUAUAAGGCCUGUAUAUUAGUGUAAGCUCAGAGGUUCUGGUUCUGCUGUAAACGGGCUCAGUCUGCAGAGAUGAGCUGUUGUUGGAACAUGACUGUUCUCUGUGUCGCCACAUUUAUGAACGGCUGCCAAAGUCUGUUUAUAGCUGAGCUGAGGUCAAGUUUGACAGCUCUAAUAACCCUGAGCGCUCUCACCGUCUAAUCCAUAAAAGGCUUUACCAUCAGAACCGCUGCCUGCCCCGGUCUGUUCUGUUUGUCUGCAGUUUUAUUCAAGUGUGAUGGAGCAGCUGCUCUGAACUUUGGAGGAUGUUCAUUUCUCUUUUCUGUGUCAGACUCUCUUUUAUUCCGAGUUUCCAGUGGUUUGGGUUUUAAAAACAAAACUUCCUGUUUGAG